AUGUCUCCUACCCAGCAACAAGGAUAUCAACCAAACUACGUUAAUAACGACCACGCGGCGCCCCAACACUACCAAGCGCUGCCGCAAUACAAUUACGCUAACCAAGCGCACAAUGCCGUGCCGCCGAAUCAAGCGCAGGCGCAGGUACAAGGCCAAGCGCAGGUGCAAGGCCAAGCGCAGGUUCAAGGUCAAGCGCAGGUGCAAGGUCAAGCGCAGGUGCAGGCGCAGGCACAAGAUGACCCUGAGGAGCGCGUCUUCGUGGUGACGGAGGAGGUGGAGCGUUUAUGGGCUCGGGGCCUAGCAACGGCUCGCGAGAACAUCCGUAGAGCCGAUGAAGGGCUAGGCAGCGUGCGUCACCCAGCGCACGGAGAGAUGACGCGCUACAUGCUAGGGUUACUCUUAGAGUUCAGGCGCGCAGAGCUGAGGAGGGAAUUAAACGAGUUGGCCGAGGCAGAGUACGUGCUGGCGUUGAGAAAUCUUGGGGGAUAG